GAAUUCGAAUUAAAUAAACGUUAACCGUUUUAAGGUGGUAUUCUGAUUUAUUUCGUGUGUUUUCAGGCGAUUUUUUGUCAAUUUUGUUCAUUUUUUAUCGAUUCCGCGGUUCAUUUUGACGUCUCUAACUGCUCAUGUGAGUCUAAAUGAAGACAAGGGUACCCGGUGUUUGGAUGCUGGACGCCGGGGGACAUGCCUCCUUUGUUGAUUGUAGCUGGGAAUAUUAAAUUUACCGCCAAGCCCGCAGCGUUAACCAAACCAGCUAACGUUAACCAGACGGACCUGGUGCCUCCUGAUAAACCCCUGACUGGCGGCACGAGCUUCUGACACUUUAACGAGAACCAUGACGGCCAUCAACGCGCCUCGGGACAAAUACAAUGCUGUAUGGAUCAUUUUCUUCAUCCUGGGCUUGGGAACCCUCUUACCAUGGAAUUUCUUCAUGACUGCAACAAUGUACUUCACAAGUCGGCUGAAGGACACACCCACGGACCUCUCCUCCAAUCAGACGACCAACAUGACUCUGGACACCCUGGACACUCGCAGUGUGCUGGAGUCAAAGUUUAACAACGUGAUGACGCUCUGUGCCAUGGUGCCUCUGCUCAUUUUUACCUGCCUCAACUCCUUCAUACACCAGAGGAUUCCUCAGAAGCUGCGUGUUUCUGGCAGCCUCACGGUCAUCCUGGUGGUUUUCCUGUUGACGGCGAUCCUCGUCAAGGUGGACAUGGCCCCACUGCCCUUCUUCACCCUCACUAUGAUCAAAAUCAUCUGCAUCAACUCGUUCGGGGCCAUUCUUCAGAGCAGUCUGUUUGGGCUCGCAGGGAUCCUUCCCGCCUCCUACACCACUCCCAUCAUGAGUGGACAGGGGCUGGCUGGCACCUUCGCUGCCUUCUCCAUGAUCUGCGCACUGGCCAGCGGCUCAGCCCUGCAGGACAGUGCUUUUGGUUACUUCAUCACAGCCUGUGUUGUUAUUCUCCUGGCCAUAAUGUCCUACCUCGCUCUGCCCAGAAUGGAAUUUUUCCAGUUCUAUACUGAGAGUAAUGGAGCCAGACCCUCUGCUGAUGAGGAGAACAAGAUGGACUUGCUCAAAAAAGAAAGUGCCGCAGAGAAGCGGCCGGUGGUGAGUCUGACAGACGAAGAGGCCAGUGCCAGCGUGUCUGUGUUUAACAUCUUCAAACAGAUCUGGGUGAUGGCUCUGUCGGUGUGCUUCAUCUUCACCGUCACCAUUGGGACCUUCCCAGCCGUAACAGUCGAGGUCAAGUCCACUGUAGCAGAUGGAGGCGCGUGGGAAACUUACUUCAUCCCUGUAUCGUGUUUCCUUCUCUUCAACGUGAUGGACUGGGCUGGCAGGAGUCUGACGGCCGUCUGUAUGUGGCCGGGUAAAGACAGCAUCUUGCUUCCCGUCCUGGUCGGUCUUCGGGUCGUCUUCGUCCCUCUCUUCAUGCUGUGUAACGUCCAGCCUCGUUACUACCUCCCCGUGCUGUUUUCCCACGACGCCUGGUACAUCAUCUUCAUGAUCUUGUUCUCCUUCUCCAACGGAUACCUGGCCAGUCUCUGCAUGUGCUUCGGGCCCAAGAAAGUACCACCGCAUGAGGCAGAGACGGCGGGCGCUAUCAUGGCCUUCUUCCUGUCCCUCGGCUUGGCUCUGGGAGCUGCAAUCUCAUUCGCCUUCCGGGCCAUGAUCUAAAACCUCCAGCAGACCCCCUCGGUAGACGUAGAUUAGACCAACCCGCCCUCCAACCUGUCUUCACCCUUUUAAUGGGAGAACCUUUCGAUUACUUCUCUACAACAACCUCCGACUGAGCGGAGACAGCACAGCAGAGUAGAAGACUAGAGGACCUCGGUCUUCUGAAGUGUACAGUAGAGACUCGUCUCAUUCAUAUAAGCUGAAUAAGGUUACUGAAUAUUUCUUUUUUUCCUCCAAGCACAAGUGUGUAAAAUCUUGAGGAACUGGUGUCGUUAAUCAAGUGUGAUAGGAGUGCGAUUCAACAAGGAAACCAAAAGCGUAUUAAAAAAAACAUUGAUUGUAGUCGACUCGUCGUGCAGAUGACGUGAGAAAUUCUUACCAAGUGUCACAAAUGUAUCGAAACAUGAGCCCAUGCAGUGUUAACGAAGACGGUCUGCACGCGUCGUGUCCACGAGCCUCGUUUGGAAAACGUUCUUUUGCACAGGAAGAUAAAAAUGUUAAAAUCGCAGUUUUAGGUUGUAAAUUUCUUUCACUUUAGUUUUGAAACAUUCACACAGUUCACGCAAAGUUACGGCGGCACAUUUUUUCCAAACGAGGCUCGUGGACGUUAACGACUAAAUUUAACCUGUCGAUUCUUUUAAAGUGACUUUUUUUCUGUUUAUUUGUUGUUGUUGUUGUUUUUUUUAUGACGUUUGCACAUCAAACAUGAAAGGUGAACGUUACAUCACUCUGGACUGUUGCAGCUUUUAACUCUGAUCAAACCAAAAAAAAAAAAAACAUGAAGACAACAUGGGGAAAAUGAUGAACUUUGAAGGGAGGUCAUGACCCAUCGGACGGCGAGUAAACCGCUUAGCUCCCUCUGCUUUCAGUGUGUGUGUGUGUGUGUGUGUGUGUGUGUGUGUGUGUGAGUGAGUCAGACGAGAUCCUGAAGACGAGGUUUUAAUGAAUAAUCUGGCCCACUAACAGCUGAAUAUUCGUCGUGUUUGUCUCGUGUAGUUUGAGAUGAAGUCGUGCCAGCGUGGGUCUGUUACUUUAGUUUAGUCUUGAUUCACCAAACAGGGGCAGAAGUCAAAUCAUCGUGAAGUUUUUUAUUUUAUUUUUAUCAGUAUUGUUACUGUGUCUUCCUGAACAACAAACAAGAUUUUGCCACGAAAUCUGCAGCAAUAAGACAAAAAAAAAAUCAGAAAGUUGUGAGUCUUUUUGAGCCUUUUUCUCAUUCGUGGUGUUCUCAUGAAAGUUUUAUAUCAGAAGUAGUUUUUAGUAUUCGGUAUAGUCGUAUCUUUACCACUCGACUGAGUUAGUUUUGUUACGAAUGGUUGGCGGUGAUUUAAAGGUCUUGUGCCUGUCAGUGUUACUUUUUGUUUAUUUGCAUUUUUUUUAAAAGUCUGCUUUAGUUGUACACAAUAUUAUUCAUAACACCAUCUAUACACUCUAACAGCCUGUUUAAUAGCACAACGUUGGUCUGUCCGUCUGGACUGUGUUUUGUCGUCGUAGUCGGGCACGGACCAUUAAAAUGUUACUUACGUCGCAGCUUGAAGCAGUCCUGUGAUGAAAUAAAUCUGUAUUUUUAAGAAUC